AUUAUAAAUCAAAAGAAAAAUAAAAUAAUAAUAUGAUGAGAUAGGUGUUAAUUCUUGUUGCCUUCUUUGUUGUUAUUGUUACUACUGUUAUAGCGGAGGGGCAAGCCCGCACAUGCAGAUGGAAAGUGGACUCAAAAGCAUCCAAACCUUCAUCUGUCGCAUUGGAUGGUUACCGGCGACAACUUGACAAUUUGAAGCUUAGUAAUGUUGUGUGGAUGCCAUACGGUGAGGAUGUACAUGUUACCUGUCCAAGGACACUUUAUUAUGGCUGGCUUCAGUACCGUGACAUAUGUGAGCCCUAUAUGCCAGCACGUGUUCUGCAACAAGUAGGGAUGGUUCAGACGAUUCCACCCACUAUCCUCCACCCGACGAAGGUCACUCGCAGUCAGGGCAAGCAUAACUACAAGUUGGAUUUUCCAUCGAUUUCUGCGUCAGACGGAUGGAAGACCUUUCCGAUUGGGGGUUGCUUGAAUAUUCUAUCUUAUACCCCAGUCACGUUGGAUGAUUCCGGAGCUACACAUACUGGGUACAUGGAUUGGUAUCAGAAGUACUCACACCCAUUUGUCCUCCCACCGGAGCGUCGCAACAUUGAGAUGACGAAUGCCACUACAUGCUUGGUUCCCAUAUAUUGGGUGAACAAAUUUCGGAACGCUGCAAAUGAGGCCAUUGCGAUAGCUAUGGAGGCAGAUCCUGUUAGGGCGGAAACGGUGAAGGAGACAGUUGAAGAUCUCAUGGCUAAUUUUCAUACAUUUAGGCGGUAGCCAUGGAUAUGAAUUGUUUUGUAUUUGGUUGAUUGUAGCAAUGGAUAUUGAAUUGUUUUGUAGUUAGUUCAAUGGUUAGAUGUUUGAAUGUGUUGAAUUGGUUGGAUAUUGAAUGGUUGGACGUUUUUAUUGUUUGGAUUAGUUGAAUGGUUAGAUGUAUUGAUUUUUAAUGAAAUGAAUGUUUGGAUUA